GCUUGGCUCUGGAAAGAGGCCGAGGGUCCGCGCCAGCGACAGACUCGCGCAGCCUGUGCAGCCAGUUCUCUCCUGCUAACUCGCCACGCGUGCCACGCAGCACCAUGGACGCCCCAAGAAAAGUGGUCAAUUUCGGGCCCGGGCCCGCCAAGCUGCCGCGCUCGGUAUUGUUAGAGAUACAAAAAGAAUUAUUAGACUACAAAGGCCUUGGGAUUAGUGUUCUCGAAAUGAGCCACCGGUCAGCAGAUUUUGCUAAGAUUCUUAACAACACAGAGAAUCUUGUGCGGGAAUUGCUAGCUGUUCCAGACAACUACAAGGUGAUUUUUGUGCAAGGAGGUGGGUCUGGCCAGUUCAGUGCUGUCCCUUUAAACCUGAUUGGACUGAAAGCAGCAAGGUGUGCUGACUACGUGGUGACAGGAGCUUGGUCAGCGAAAGCUGCAGAAGAAGCCAAAAAGUUUGGGACUGUGAACAUCGUCCACCCUAAACUUGGGAGUUAUACAAAGAUCGCAGACCCAAGCACCUGGACUCUCAGCCCGGAAGCCUCGUACGUGUAUUACUGCGCCAACGAGACCGUGCACGGCGUGGAGUUUGACUUUGUCCCCGAUGUGAAGGGAGCCGUGCUGGUUUGCGACAUGUCCUCAAACUUCUUAUCCAGGCCGGUGGACGUUUCCAAGUUUGGGGUGAUCUUUGCUGGUGCGCAGAAGAAUGUCGGCUCGGCGGGAGUCACGGUGGUGAUCAUCCGCGAUGACCUGCUGGGGUUCGCCCUCCGAGAGUGCCCCUCGGUCCUGGAGUACAAAGUGCAGGCCGGAAACAACUCCCUGUACAACACGCCUCCCUGCUUCAGCAUCUAUGUCAUGGGCUUGGUCCUGGAGUGGAUUAAGAACAACGGCGGUGCAGCAGCCAUGGAGAAGCUCAGCUCCAUCAAAUCUCGGAUGAUUUAUGAUGUCAUUGAUAAUUCUGAAGGAUUUUAUGUGUGUCCGGUAGAGCCCCAGAACAGAAGCAGGAUGAAUAUUCCGUUCCGAAUUGGCAACGCCAAAGGAGACGACGCUUUAGAGAAAAGAUUCCUUGAUAAGUCCCUGGAGCUCAAUAUGAUCUCCUUGAAAGGGCACAGGUCUGUGGGAGGCAUCCGGGCCUCUCUGUACAAUGCCGUCACGAUCGAGGAUGCUCAGGAGCUGGCAGCCUUCAUGAAGAAAUUUUUGGAGACGCAUCAGCUGUGAACACAUCCUAACCAAUUUAUAUUCUACCCUUGAACAAUGUCCCACAUUUAAAGUAACUUAACGGCUUAAAAAAAUGUAACCAUGGUAUUUUUCUCAAAGGAACAUGCUUAUUAUAGAUUCUCCCCCCCAAAAAACAACAACAAUAAAACACACACAUAAAAAGCAAACAAACAAACAGCACAAUAUCCACAGUUCUGCAAAGCUGGUGAGAUGUAACAAACAACUUAAUUUUGACUUGAUCUGGAAGUAUUUAAAAAAACCUUUCUUUAGCUAGCUUUUCUAACAAUUCCAUGUUCAUGUUGUCUUUGCUGCUAUGUUUUCUAGCUAGAUCUCAGUGUUCAGACUUGCCUGUGGAUUUACACAAAGUGCAGUUAAUGUUCCUGGAGACACAC